AAGUUGGUCUGCGAUAAAGAAGAAUAAGAAGUGUGAGAUCUGCUUUCUUUUCUCUUCUUAUUCGUUAGGGCACUCAACAUUUUACACUCUUUUCUUCUUCUCGUUGUUGCUUCGGUGUUGAAUCAUGGAUCAGAAAGUCGAUUUCAGUGCUCCGCAUUCCAUGGGAACCACUAUCAUCGGCGUUACUUACAACGGCGGUGUCGUUCUCGGAGCCGACUCUCGAACCAGCACUGGAGUGUAUGUUGCCAACCGAGCAUCGGACAAAAUCACACAGCUCACUGAUAAUGUUUACGUGUGUCGCUCUGGAUCGGCUGCUGAUUCUCAGAUUGUCUCUGACUAUGUGCGCUACUUCCUUCACCAACACACGAUACAACUUGGACAACCUGCGACAGUUAAAGUUGCUGCAAACCUUGUCCGGCUUCUCGCAUAUAACAAUAAGAAUUUCUUACAGACCGGGUUAAUUGUUGGUGGUUGGGAUAAAUAUGAAGGUGGACAAAUUUAUGGAGUUCCUCUGGGUGGAACAAUAGUACAGCAACCUUUUGCUAUCGGAGGAUCUGGGUCCAGUUACUUGUAUGGUUUCUUUGACCAAGCCUGGAAAGAGGGAAUGACCAAGGAUGAAGCCGAGGAUUUAGUAAAAAAGGCAGUUUCACUGGCUAUUGCUCGUGAUGGUGCAAGUGGUGGGGUGGUGCGAACAGUCAUAAUAAACUCAGAGGGAGUGACCAGGAAUUUCUACCCUGGCGACCAACUUCCAUUAUGGCAUGAGGAAAUGGAGGCCCACAACUCUCUGCUAGACAUUCUUGGUGUCCCAGAGCCGAUGAGCAUGUGAAGUGAAGAAGUUUCUGUGUUCAUAAUCGUUUCCGGAUAGAUUAUAUCUUGUCACCUCUCCUUCAUGAACUAGUUAACGAUUUGUGGAGUCGAUUACAUUGUUUGGUUGGAUAUUGUUUCUGGUCAGGUUAUCCUUGUGUUAUGUACCAUGUUUAACCUUUGUUUCAUCAUAUAGCUCCAAAGUAACAUGUAAACUUUGGUGAAUUGGUGUUGAUACAAAGCAAUUAUCAAAUCAUUUUAAAUUCUUAUUUUUGGUA